AUGAGUAAUUUUGUGACGUUGAUUGAGCCUCUGGAGCUCACUGGCUCACGGGUUUUGCGUAUCGCGGUGGCGUUCGCCGCCCUUUGCGGCGCUACAGGACUCUUAGCAUUCUCUUGGUGGAUCUACAAGCAGUCUUCGAGUAAACCGACCUUGCCAUACCCUGUAGUAGGCGAUACCCACGCACAAUCGUUGGAGAAGAACCUCAUCAAGGGGAUGCAGCAGUAUCGUGACUCGCCCUUCUUCUUGGCUGGAUCACGCCCACCACUGCUCAUCCUACCAAUGUCCGUCUUUCAUGAAAUACACAACAUGCCAAAUGAAUAUAUUUCCAUCAUUGUGGAGCAUGAAGACAAGUUUCAGGGCAAGUACACCCACAUUACCACCAUCAGACCUGAGAUUCCCGCCACUAUUCGCCAGGACUUGACUCGAAAUAUGCCCAACAUCAUACUGGAAUUACAGGAUGAGUUAACAUAUGCUUCCGAUCAGUGGCCUAGAACAAGCAAAUGGUCAUCUGUAUCUUUAUAUGACAUGAUGCUAAGGACCGUGGCGCUUUUGAGUGGCAGAGCGUUUGUUGGUCUGCCCUUGUGUCGCGAUGAAGGCUGGCUACAAGCUUCCAUAGGCUACACUGUUCAAUGUGUCUCAAUUCGCGAUCAGCUCUUUACCUGGAGUCCGGUGCUGAGACCAAUCAUUGGGCCGUUUUUACCCAGCGUCCGUUCGGUGCGAAGACAUCUACGCUUCGCAGCAGAGAUAAUGGCUCCUCUGAUCUCCCAAGCUUUACAAGAUGAAAAGCAACAUCGAGCAGAUACACUUCUAGCGGAUCAGACGGAAGGGCGAGGUACAUUUAUCUCAUGGCUUCUUCGGCACUUACCUGAGGAGCUCAGAACCCCAGAGCAGGUCGGGCUAGAUCAAAUGCUGGUCUCGUUCGCCGCAAUCCACACUACGACCAUGGCCCUCACAAAGGUAGUAUGGGAGCUUGUUAAGCGGCCGGAGUACAUCGAGCCGUUGAGAACCGAGAUGCAAGAUGUCUUUGGACCUGAUGCCGUAUCACCAGACAUAUGCAUCAACAAAGAGGCUCUUUCUAGGCUCCACAAGUUGGAUAGCUUCAUUAGAGAGGUCCAGCGCUGGUGCCCUUCAACAUUUGUGACUCCAAGCAGACGCGUCAUGAAGUCAAUGACACUAUCAAACGGUAUCAAGCUACAGAGAGGAACUUCUAUAGCAUUCCCCGCUCACGCAAUCCACAUGUCGGAGGAAACGCCAACAUUCUCGCCAGACUUUAGCUCUGACUUCGAGAACCCGUCUCCUCGAAUCUUUGACGGGUUCCGGUACUUGAAUCUCCGAUCUAUCAAAGGACAGGGGUCACAACACCAGGCAGCCACUACAGGUCCUGACUAUCUGAUCUUCAACCAUGGAAAGCAUGCAUGCCCUGGGAGGUUCUUUGCCAUAUCUGAGAUCAAGAUGAUACUCAUAGAACUAUUGGCAAAGUAUGAUUUUAGACUUGAGGAUGGAAAGCCAGGGCCUGAGUUGAUGCGUGUUGGGACGGAGACUCGGCUGGAUACCAAAGCUGGUCUUGAGAUGCGAAGGAGAUGA